AUGCCCCCACAACAAGGUGUCGUUCACAGCAAUGGCGACGAUACCGGCGCCAGCAAGAGUUAUCUUGCCCUACAAGAGAUGAGAGCGAAGGUCAUGGUUGUCGACCUUUCAGCACGCGUUCAUCUGACGCAGAUUUUUUACAAUCCCCUUCCAACAGCGACCAGCAGGGCUACCUACUUCUUUCCUGUACCUGCAAGUGGUGCAGUUUGCGGCUUUGAACUCAAGACCUCGGACAAUCGCACAGUGAAGGCUGUUUGCAAAGGGAAGAGCAGAGCAAGAGAAGAAUACGAACAGGCUAUUGCCGAGGGCAAGGAAUCGAGUCUGUUAGAAUGGGUCGAAGACGACAUCUUCACCAUCUCGGUGGGCUCAAUCCCCGCGAAUGCCACGAUUUCCACAACCCUGGUGUACGUGCUGACGCUACCCAACGACGCCAACACGGACGAAGUUCGGUUUCAACUCCCGAUGUGUGUGGGUGAACGAUAUGGGCCACCUCUACCUGCACUUGUCGGCGCUGCAGCGCCCUCCUCAUCCACUCGCAUCCGCAUCACUAUGGAAAUCCAAACGAAUGGCACUAUUCAGAGCAUCACGAGUCCGAGCCACCAAAUCACCCAGUCUGCACAUAAGAAGAGCUCCAAUCGCCCUUCCCGCCGUCGUAUCACCGUGAAAUACCGCUCCCACAGCUACCUCGAAAACGAUUUUGUUGUUGUCGUUCGGGCGGAUGGUUUAGACGACCCCCGCUGCUUUGCCGAGCUCCAACGCGACCCAACUGGCAGACAUUCUGACACAGUGGCCAUGCAAAUUACUCUCGUGCCUCGAUUCAAGCUGCAGACCGUUGUCGGGCAGGAAUACAUCUUUCUGGUGGAUAGAAGUGGAUCAAUGGCUGGCGGCAGAAUAGAAACCGCAAAACGCACUCUGAACCUCCUCCUGCGCAUGCUUCCGACCAAGGGUUCGAGCCUCAAUAUCUUUAGCUUCGGAUCUCAUUGCGAUUCGUUAUGGCCAACAAGUCAAGCCUAUAAUCAAUCGUUUUUGGAAACAGCAUCGACGUAUGUGAAAGCUAUGGAUUCCAACUAUGGAGGCACUGAGAUCAGAACCGCGUUGGAAGCUGUUUUUGCUAGCAGAAACUCCUCCAGCUCAACGGCCGUCUUUGUUCUGACCGACGGUGAUGUGACAGACCAGCAAAGCGUCAUCCAUACCAUUCAACAAGCGGUUCGGCAGUCGAAAAGUAAUGGCUCUCGUCAUAGCCUUCGUGUUUUCUGUUUAGGAAUUGGUGAUGGAGUGUCAUCGGCCAUGUGCGAAGGAAUAGCGCGAGCAGGAAACGGUGUAUGCCUCUUCGCUGUUCAUACCGAGAGCAUUGUUGGAAAAUGCGCGGCGCUAUUUCAUGCUGGUCGAAAAAGCUUCGUUCACAAUGUCAGCGUUGACUGGGGUGUUCCCGAUGAAAACCUUAGCCAAAGGUCAACCGUCAAUUUUUCGACACCUAGGUCAUCCCCAAGCAAAGUCCUCCUACGCCCAGCACCGGCCAUACAACAGAGCCCGGUGCACAUAGAAGAUCUCCAUGCUGGGUCUAGAAUCAACAUCUACGCAAUUUUAACAUUGCGAAAGGUCGUAGUGCCGAAACAAGUCGUUGUUAGAGGUGAAUCCGAUGAUGGGACUCCAUUUGAACUUCCUAUUCCCCUUCGCGGCAUCCAACUAGAAUCUCGUGCACCUUUGAUUCAUACGCUGGCAGCGUGGAAGCUUGUCCAAGAUCAUCAAGAAAGGACCCAGCCGCUUGCUUUGGUGGUUGCGCCUUUUGAUGCGCCGCCGGCGGAAGAAGAGAUACGCAAAGCGUCAAUCGUGCGACUGGGGGAGCGUUACCAAAUUGCAAGUCGACAAACUUCAUUCGUUGCAGUUGAUGAUGGGGUGGAGAACUCGCGUCGUAAAAAACGAGCGCCAACAUCAAGUCGGCCAACAACAGCAGUCCGCACUAAAACGACUGCCACGCCCUCUGUUGAUCCUGUCAUUGGAUGGAGGGAUUUAUUUUAUCGUUUCUUUACUCUACCAGAGGCCGACCCUGACGAAACAGAAUCACAAUUAGCCGUCGACAUCCCCGGGAGCUGGCAGUCAGACGUCACAAGUGACCCGGUGACGAGCGAAGACGACUCGGAGGAUGGAUAUGAGAGUACUGAAUCAUUUUCGACAAUAAGCUCUUUUGAAGGCCGUUCUUCGGGUUGGAGCACUUGGACGGAAGAGCCUGAGCCGCCUAUCUCAGAGGAAGAUGCACAGAAAAUGCAGCAUCCGUCACCGAAACUCGAGCCCGUUAGCCUUGCUCCUGAAUCAACACGUGUGUCGCGUCGGCGAGAAUUGGAGAUGAUAAAGCCGCCGCCAGUCAUCCUUCCUCCGCCGCCACCAAUUGAUCCCCAGAUCGUCCAAUUGGUCGAACUACAGCUCUUUGACGGUUCUUUCAAUGAGACCAUUCAAACUGUGCUUGGAGAGCACGUGUUGAAAGUUGCUGAAGGGCUCAAUCUCGACGCCAAGCUCUGGACGACUGCCGUAUCUAUUGCGUUUCUUGGCCAAAGGUUGGCACAUCCGGGACACAAGGAGCUUUUGGAGGAUUUAGUGGAAAAGGCUUACUCGUUUUUAUAUUUGAAUGGAUGGGACGAGCGUACUGUCAAGAGGGUGGUGAAAGCUGCGAUAGAUGUACUCUAA